AUGUCAAACGCCGACCAGAGUGUACAUUUAAACAAAGGACAAGAAAACCAAUUAACACAGCAACAAAUUCAGCGCAUGAUCGAUUACUUAAUGGAGAACACGGAUUAUAAGAUCAUUACGAAUGAGGAAUACGAGAUACUGCAACCGUCUGCACGCAGUACACCCGUGCGCUCAACGGAAAGUGGCGCAAGGCCAAAAGAAUUCCAACGUACUGUCAAAUUUGAGGAUCCGCCUCAACAGCAAAAUCAACCGCCGAUGGAUACUCGUAAAAGUUUUGUUUAUGACGCAACGAGUGUAAGGCCUCGGUUUACAAACUUUUCCGGUGAGGAAAAAUCGGACACGUCAUUUGAAGUCUGGAAAAAUGACGUGAAGUGCGCAAUACAGGAUGGAUCAGCAUCAACAAGCAUGAUACUACAAGCUAUUCGUUCAUCUCUUAAAGGAAAGGCUAGGAGCUUGCUAUUAACAUUACCAAUGGAUGCAACACCAGAUGAAAUUCUACAAAAAUUGGACGGCAUCUAUGGAAAUAUUUACCCGAGCGAAAAGCUUCUCGAACAAUUCUAUGAAGCAAAACAGCAAGAAGGAGAAUCUGUCGCAGAUUAUGGAAUGAGACUGGAGAAUUUGCUUCAAACAUGCAUUGAAAGGAAAACCAUUAACAGUGCUUCGAGAAAUGAGAUGCUGAGAACUAAGUUAUGGUCAGGACUCAGUGACAUCAGCUUACGGAAUGCUAGUCGUUACAAAUACGACACAAUCGACGAUUUUGAAACGUUGCGAAGGGAAUUACGCACCAUUGAAUUAGAUAUAAAAACCUCAUUAUCUACUUCAGGUUCCGCAAUACUGGACAAAAAGAAGUCGCAGGUAUCGAAAAUAGGAGGAAAACCAGAUACAGAUACAUCUUUAGAUGUCAUCCUCAAGAAACUGGAGCAGAUGGAUAAAAGGAUGGUUGAAGUUGAAAAAGAGGUCAGAUGGUUAAGGAACAAUAACAGCCAGUUGACCCAGAACGAUCCUAAUUUUCGAUCAGGGCCGAGAGAUUACGGUAAUUCUGAGAAUCGUGGUAAAUCUUCUAGACCAUUUAACAAAGGCAAAGGAAACGGUUCACACAAAGGAAAUUCGUAUAGAAGUUAUAGAGAGAGUAGGCGAAAUAGUAAUGCCGAUCUAAACGACUAG